UGAUUACCCUGUAUUCUCUUGGAUAUCUACAGGAAUAUUUUAAACCAAUAAGAAGGAGCAAAGAGCGCUUAAGAGGAAUGGACUCGGAGGAGCUGAGCGCGCUUCGCACUGAACUUCUUCGGCAAAAGGUAGUCUUUGCUGCAGAGCUGCGCCGCCAGCGCGAGGAGUUCGAGGAGCGUUUGGACGGCAUCGCACAGGUCCUCGCCGAGCGCGACGCGGACUGCCGUAAUUUGCAGGCGGUCGUGACCAUCCUAGGCAAAAAGUUGGACCUCUUCUCGAAGCAGCUGAACGAACAGAAGGCCCGAGGGACGCCGCUGCGGCGAACCCCCUCGAAUUGUCGACCCUCGUUGAACUACCUAUUAGAGAGCAGCCGCCCAGGGACCGGCAAAAAAAACACCGAAAGGGUUCUUCCGAUGUCGGAGGAAUCACACCGAAUGCACCCCAAUCCAUCCUCCACCAACCCGCCCGAUCUGCUGAGGCUUAAUUUGGUUUCUUCCCUAAAGUCUUUAAGCCGCGCAAGCAGCCCGUUUAGCGAGUACCACUCACGUGCGGAUAGCGGGGUUGGCGUUCUUAGCGCUCGCGGGGUGAAUCCCAAUCGCUCCCUUAUUCGAGCGUCCACAAAAACACCCAGCUUACGGAAUGAACCCACACGCAGUGCAGAAAAGAAGGAGUUAGGAGGGAGCAAUUCCGAUCUUCAUCCAAACCGCUCCAGCACUCGGCGCAAAAACGGCCUGCUUAGUCUAAGAACCCCAAAGGGGAGCAUGAAGCUGUAGAAUCCUCGGCGAUGGUCUUUUUUUUGUUUUCUUUCUGGGAAAGCGUAACGGCAUGAUCAGAGAUAAAUUAGGUACGAGGUGGAUAAUCAGCAAUUUGGUAGUCCACGUGGAGGAAAAAACGGGAGGCUUCUCAUGAUAUUGCUAUUUCCUGUGUUUCUCUCUUUGCAGGACGCCGUAUAGAUAGAAUUUAUUAUAUAUCAUACCCACUUUUUACA